GGGGGGGGGGGGGGGUAUCCAGCCCUGCGGACAGCGACCCCUGCGUGUUUGCGGAAACAUCCAGAGAGCCCCUUCGCGCUCCGCCCGUCGGGGUCUCGAGGUCGGGGUCUCGAGGUCGGGGCCAAGCUUCCUGGUGCCGACUCAGGCGGCGAUCGGGGCGACCGUCGGCUUGCCGGAGAUGGAGGUGGGGAAUGACCCGGCCCGGCCGGCCCUGGGUGAGCCCUUCAUGCAGUCGCCCAUCGCCCGCGCCCGCGUGUCCCCCCGCGGGCUUCGAGACGAGGCGGAGCGCCUCCUGAGGGACAAGCCGCUUGGGGCGCCUCAACGCCUCGCGGCGCAGCUCGCGGCGCUGGGCGGGCCGCUGUCGGAGCGGUACCAGCACGUGGACGUGGAGCGCCUCCUCCAGCCCAACGUGGGGCCGGGCGGCAGGGGCCUGAACGCCGUACUCACUGCCCUCUCUGUUUCUGGAGAAGUAUGGCCGGAACCUCCUGAAGCCGGACAAGCCCGACUACUGGCAGACCGUCAAGUUUGACAACCCGGUGUUCAAAAACACGGUCGACUGCAUCAAGGGCUCGCGAGACGUCCUCACAAUGUUCGGCUACACCGAGCGGCAGGCCGACGGGUUGGCCUUCCCGGACACGCUCGGCGAGCCCGACGUGGAUCGCGUCGCCGCCGUCACUUUGGACAUCUACCUGGCGCGGUACGAGGUCGACAUGAUCUUGAAGGGAACUCACCCCAAGCCGGAGCUCUUCUCAUUCAUUUCGCAAGAAGAAAUUGAGAAGUCCAAAGUGGAAAUGCAGAAACAGGCCAGUCCACUGCCGCAGCCACCAAACACAGGCACAACCCGCGUGCCGGUCGUGCUGCGCAGAUGUUACGCUGUGGCACCGUGCCGACCGUAGAUACAAACCGGUUUUAAAAAAGGGGCUAGGA